CCCGUCGCCAACCAACGCGCCUUUCACUCUCCCUCAUCUCCUGGUCCGGUUUUUUGUGCCUGAGAGAGCCGGCCUAAGGCUCAGGGGUGCAGAGACAUGAGACGCCACUAGAGGGAGCCACCCAGAUAUGGCCCACGAUCGUGGGAACGCAAAAUCAAAAGCGCUAUAAGAUUAAAGGUGAGCAGAGGCAAAGGCUCAGAAAGAGCAGGAGUGAGUCAAAAAGAGAAAAUGAGAUGGAAAGUGAAAAAGGAAGUGGCAUCUAAUAAUACUGAGGCGGGCAAAAGUGAGCAGACCACUCCACUGAAGGGGCAGGGCAUGCAGAGUCAGGCCCUCCCUGUGCUCAUCCCUCCUUUGCCUUUGUUCCUUUAGAGGUUUCCUGGGUGCAGGGGGCGACCACAGUGAUGAUAUCAUAACACUGACUAUAAAGCGGGUAGCCGGGGGGCCUCAGGUAACAAACAAGAAAAAGAAGGCGAUGGCAAACGAGCAACCAGCUAAUCAGGCUGAGACAUCAGAGGCGAGUUUACUGUGAGAAAAGAAAAAAAAAAAAGAAGCUUCUAACCACCGAGAGGAGGCUAUUUAUUCACUGCGGCUUCGCAGGGCGAGGCGGGAUGUCGUGUCAAAGAUGAGGCAGAGAUAGACCACCCUGCACCACCUCCACCGCCGCUGCCACCCUCUAGGAUGGACCAUUCAGCCAUGAACUGGAGAAGGAACGUCCUGCUGGCCUGCUGUCUACUUCAAGGCUUUCUGCUUAGAAACCUCUGCAGAACAUGUGAACCUCCAUCAGAUGUGACCUCCUGCUCAGUGUCCUGCAAUGGCCAUGUGACACAAGUGAGACUCGUGAACUGCACUUCGUGUGACCCCGGCCACACCCAAACCUGCAGGAAGAUGAAUGAGAGCAGUCAGUGUGACAUCAGGGGACAAUGGAGGUGUCCUGCAGGGACCAAACUGAACCUUAGCCUGACAGGCAAUGGCAGCACCGGGUGGUGUGAGUGCCUCAAGCCACCAGAGUCUCCGUACAUGAAUGGACUGUGGCUGACGCUGCUGCUCAUCCCUGCUGCCCUCAUUCUGGUGCUGGGCCUGGUAGUGAGGAGGGUCUGCAGGAGCAGGAGGACAAUGAAGCAAACCAAAGAGCCACAGCUUGAAAUUUCAUCUCCUAAUGUGUUUCGGGCAAACACAACGGGAAGAAGUCAGGAGCUGCAGAUGAGUUUGGAGAGCCCGGAGGACGAUACGCCCGCUGGCUGGGAUUGUGAAGUGAAGGAGAACGGCGCGCACAACGGAGUGACCGCUGGCGUGUCGUGGACCAGGUAUAAUUCUUUCAAAAAAGAAGAGGCGAACGAGGAAGAUGAAGAGGAGGAAGAGGAUGAGAAUGAGGACUUCAUCCACCUUCCUUUGCUUCAGCGCGGCUCGUCGCCGGCCCUAACAGAUAGUCUUUCCAACAGUGAACAUGUCCACCAGGUGAUGGAAGAGCAAAGUGAAGUUUCCAUAGACCCCCACGAUGCCACAUGUCAUCCUGUCAUAGAGGAAAUCAACAAUGAAAGUGAUGAAGAUGAAGAUGAAUAUGUUGAAAUGCGUGGCAAUAUUCUCUUAGAAGAGGACAACGACUCCAGUGACAGUUAUGAAGCUAUGUGAAUUAGGACUCGCCUCUAAUAGCCAGAGCGAUGCCAGCAUUCUUUAUAGAGAAAGCAGGGGUGGGCAAGGCUGGGCAGGGCAGAGCAGGGCCAGGCCUGAUGGUCAGCACCUGUGAGACCACAAGAGGGUAGUUGGAUGGACGUCUGCCCAACUCUGCUCAGUGACAGCCCACUCCGGAAGGAUCUUUGCUAAAGAGAAGUCUGAGACAUUCCAGUCCUCCUCCUGCGUUUUAUCCUUUUGAUGUCCAGGGGGGUUUUUGAAACUCUGUACAGGAGAAAAUUGGUUUAAAAAUGAAACGGAGGGUGUGAAUGGCACUGCCAUGUUUAAAGCUUUGCCUCGUGCUCUACUAGAACUAUAGACAAAAAGACAAAAACGGCUAAAGCUGUGACAUUGACAUGUAAUCCAUGUGCCAAUGGGUGAUGUGGUGCCAAUGUGUCAAUGGGCGGUGUGGUGGUUCAUUGAGUUGUGCUUCUAAAUCCGAGGUCCGUCUGAGCCUGGUCUCUGUGGGACUCGUACGUCCUCCACUUGUCCAUCUGUAAGCAGUAUAGUAUGUCGCUGUGCUCUGUGCAAAUCAAAGUCUGCUUUAUUCUGCUCACAUGCACAGCUGACACAGAGCCAGAUGAAGCACAGGGGGCUCAGCACACAGAACUGCCAGGCAAGCAGAGUGACAUGAGACAGACUGGCACAACGGGGCAGCGUGCAGUCGGACUGUGAGAUGCUGUGUGCUGUUUCUAUCAGUUAAGUCAGCAUGGAAUUGUAUCCUCGUUUAAGCGCCGUUGCCUUGUUUGGAAUUGCAUGUUCGCCUAAGGGGGGCCUGCACAUGAAGAAACAGUAUAGAGCCUUGCAACAUUGCCCAGCACACCUCUGAAGCCAAUGAACGAAUGGGAGACAACGCCAUCUAUUCCUGAAAAUGCCUUCCACUGCACCGACAACCCCGACAGACUCUACGCCUCCCGGACUGCGUCUUGUCAU